AUGGAUACAGAAACCAACAAACAGAAGUGUCAAUCUGAUGAACCUCCCACAAGAUAUGGAUUCGAUUCCCUACCUAAAGAAAUUGUCCUUGACAUAGCUUCCAGGCUUCCAAUAACAUCUCUAGUCCAAUUCAAGUUUGUUCGCAAAUCAUUUUACAACUUGUCUCAUGAUCCUGAGCUUGUGAAUUUGCACCUGUCUCAUGCACUAAAGAACGAUCCUUGCAUUAUUUUUCAUGUGGAGGAUAAUCAGCUUUACUUUCUUGAACUUUCUGAUCUUGGUAUGGAAAAAGUUGUGAGUAAAAUCAGCACCCCUUUUUCAAACUUUGUGCCUGGAUUAAAUGUAGUGAUUGGUUCAUGUCAUGGGCUAUUGUGCACAUUUGAUUGUCUGUUUGGUGAUGCACUUUAUGUGUACAAUCCUUUUACAGGAGACUACAAGCAGCUGCCUUGCGAUAUCAGACCAUUUGAGGAAGAAUUUGUUCUAGGGUUUGGUUUUCAUCCUAUUACCAAAGAGUACAAGGUGAUCAAGAUCAUAUAUUAUGACAAUUUGUUUCAUGUUGACGGCCGUUCAUUUAAUGUUUCAAAAGUUGAAGUAUUUACUCUUGGUGGCAACAGUUGGAGAAGAAUUGAGAAAGUUGAUUACCUUAUUGAGUCAAAGUAUCAAGGAAUUAUGUUAAACGGGAAGAUGCAUUGGUUGACUCGAUUUGGAAAGUAUUAUGGACGUCGUGAUAGGCUUAUCGUUUCCUUUGAUUUUGCUGCUGAGGUAUUUUCUGUAGUUCCAAAGGUUGAUUUUGUUGCCAAGCCAAGAAUUCACAAGUUUCAUCUAGCAGUUCUUGGAGAUUGUCUUGCUGUUGCUCUAACUUUGCCUCGCCAAAAAGGUGGAGGAACAGAAAUUUGGGUAAUGAAAGAAUAUAAUGUGAAAGAGAUGGGUGAAGGAGUUCAUAAUUGGGGCUUGUACACCAACUCCAAAUAUUGGCACUGA